GGUUCUUUUCCUGUGUGAGACUGCAGCCAGUUUAGCUUCAACAUUCUCCCCGCUGAAAAGUAGUAUUCGACACUAGCAAUUAUGAACUGCCCUUCGCGAACGGAUGACACUCUCGAACAUGACGGGUGGAACCAGAACCCACCGCUCCUGGCACCCGACUUGACAACCUGCCAAGACCUCAAUGGCAUUGUGAACGCCCGCGAGAAUCAGGAUGAUAGAGGGGAAUCUUCUGCGUUGUAUAGGGGCCCUCAGCGGGUAGAAACUCCAUUGGAGCCAUUGUCGAAGGAGCGCUAUCCGCUCUCGGGGCGCGGGAUGUCCUUGACAUUGUCAGGACAUCUCGCUCCAUACGAGGUCAGCCUACAGGCUGACCAGAACGACCAAUCUCUAAACAAAAUCCUCCAGUCAUACCAGACUAUCAAAAGCUGGACACUAUGGCUCUUUUCUGUUCUCUGUGGUUCAGUGCUCAUUUCAAAUAGCAGACUAAACGAGUAUUUUACCUCCCAAAGACAGAUCAUUAUGGAGCAGCCUAUCGAAAGCCAACGUGUCGCACCAAUGAAACGAUCCAAAUGCGCUUCUGGAGGCGUCCGUGGCGACGAAUACGACCUCCCUUUACACGUCGCAGCACUAUUCAUCAUCCUAGCAACAUCAACCAUCGCCUGUGCAUUUCCAAUCUUAGCAACACGAUUCCCUCGUCUGCGAAUACCUCCCUCAUUCUUGUUUUUCGUCAGCCAUUUCGGAACUGGGGUUUUGAUCGCUACUGCCUUUGUGCAUCUACUUCCUACUGCGUUCACUUCGCUUGGAGAUCCUUGUUUGUCUAGUUUCUGGACCACGGAUUAUCCAGCGAUGCCGGGUGCUAUUGCAUUGGGUGGUAUAUUUAUUGUGACUGUCGCGGAAAUGGUUUUUAGUCCGGCGCAGCAUAUUUGUCGCGGAGGGAACUUGAACACUGUCAAGCAGUCGUCUUCGUCCGGUCACCAAGAAGAAGGAGAGUCACCCAGCGGGCUGAAUGGUACGAAGAGUGCCAUGGAAUCUCUAGAUCAAAGCUCUUUCCUGCCCACGCUCGAUGGAAGGGCUCAUCUACGGGAUAUGGGGCCUCUGAUUGGAAGAUCAUCCAGCAUUAGCAGGGCGAUGAGCCGUGUUGGGGAAAGGCUCGAUGAAAUCGUUCGUGUCGCAUCAGCACCCGAGAUGCAGACUCAUCCCGAGAAGGAUAAUGGGACAAUUAAAGGGGAUAUUGAGAGACAUGACCAUACUUUCGAGUUAACUCCAGAGCAAAGGCAGAAGAAAGAGACGAUGCAGGUUUACCUUCUCGAAAUGGGUAUCCUCUUUCACAGUGUCUUCAUCGGCAUGUCACUUAGUGUUUCAACCGGAAACGAAUUUGUCAUUUUGCUGAUUGCCAUUGUCUUCCACCAAACCUUCGAAGGCCUCGCUCUGGGGUCGCGCAUUGCUUCGCUUCCCUGGUCUGAACGACAGCUUCAACCCUGGAUCAUGUCACUUGCAUAUGGCUGCACUACACCCAUUGGACAAGCUAUCGGCCUGGCUACGCAUACACUCUACAGUCCCGACUCGGAAGUGGGCCUGCUUUUGGUCGGUGUCAUGAACGCGAUUUCGGCUGGACUGUUGAUAUUUGCAUCUCUCGUGGAACUAAUGUCUGAGGAUUUCCUCAGUGACGAGAGUUGGCGCAUUCUGUAUGGAAGACGAAGGGUUUACGCUUGCUUACUCGUGUUUCUCGGAGCAUUCUGUAUGAGCAUUGUUGGUGCGUGGGCGUAACAUCUCAUGCAAACGAGGUAAAAUACGCAGUGAUGUAGAGUCAUACUCUCAUCUUGCACGACCGGCCAGCCAUCCUCGAGAUCGGGUAUGGCGUGAUGUCACUUUUCAAUCACGGCAAGGCUGCGAUUCGACGACCCCGCGCAUCUCCCCGACGAUCUUUUCGAUAUUCCCUGAAUUUCAGUCUCUGGGCGAAUGAUUUACCGGACUGUUAAACCCAGGCAAAGGUAGCUACCGUCGAUUACAAAUCCAAGCGCGGGGAACUUUAUUUAAAGGAAGACGCGAGGGCUAGCUACAAACUAUAUUCUUAGCAUCUGACCUGAUCCAUAAAGUCAUAAUCUGGGCCCUUAGUUCUAUUUCUUCUUUAGACUAUUUACCAUUCAUUCUCUACGAAAUGCCUGC